AUGAGCGAGGCAACCAAGCCGACACUUUAUCCGCGAUACUGUUUCCACCUAUCGCCAACCGUGAAUACGUGGUGCUUAUUGCACGCUGCCGAAAUCCAUGCUUUGGAUCAACAUGCCGGCUUUGACGCGGAGCACUUCUAUUUCUACAAAAACCUGCCGAUAAAAUGGGUGCGAGUCGUCGGUAUCGUCGUCGCUGUCGAACAAUUCGCCAACCGACGACUGUAUACCAUCGAUGACAGCAGCGGCAGCAACAUUGUUGCCGUGACUACAUCUCCAGUCUCUGCGGAACCAAAGAGUGAAUUGGCAGCUUGCGAACUACGGACGAAUACAGAAGCACGAGCGGCUGGUUUACAACGGGCAGACCCGUACGCAGAUAUUGACGUAGGCGCGGUAGUUGACGUGAAGGGAGGAUUGUCAACUUAUCGUGACGAACGACAGAUUAAUAUCGAAAAGAUGGUCAUCGUGAAGAGCACAACUCAAGAAGUGGCGCUCUGGGAGAAGCGAACCAAGUUCUGUCGCAAGGUCCUGGAUGUACCUUGGCUGCUUCGAGAUAAGGAUAUACGCCAUUGUCGUCGGGAAGCAGAACGUUCCGAUGCAAAGAAACAACAGAAGAGGGUAAAG